AUGAAAUCCGUCAUCUACUAUGCCUGUGGCAUACUUUCGCUUCUUGGGGCCAUUUAUGGUGCCCCCGCCGGAAACGUGAUCCGAGGCUCUGGGAACCCUCCGUUGAGAGGCUCGGAGAAUCUCCUGGGCUACUCGCCAGACAACAAGUUGACGGAGCAUUCCACGGAAGAGAUCAAGUAUACACUGCUUCCCGCACAGAAAGAAGACCCGAAGAUAGGAUCAUAUCUGGACUUUGAGAAGGUCGACAACCCCCAGCCCAUCCGCGGUGAUCUGGGAGCAAGCGACCCUGGCCCUCGCAAUUACUACUAUGAUAGAAUCAACAGCGAUAAGCUAGCACCUCCUGGUACUGAUAAAGGACAGACAAUCAAUGCUCAAUGGCCCAUGGGCCUCAGUCACAACAGAUACGGCAAGGAAAACUCGGGAUGGGCGCGUCAAGAAAACACCGUCGUCAUGCCCGCCGCGACCAAGAUGGCUGGUGUCGAUAUGCGCUUAGAAGCAGGAGCGUAUCGCGAACUGCAUUGGCAUGUCGCAGGCGAGUGGUCUCUAGUGCUUAACGGAUCGUGUCGUAUCCAGGCUGUUAACGAGAACGGCCAAACCUUCGUCGACGAUGUAACCGAAGGCGAUGUGUGGUUCUUCCCUCCUGGUGUCCCCCAUUCCAUCCAAGCCCUAGACGUAGGAGUCGAGUUCCUCCUCGUCUUCGACGACGGCUCAUUCUCCGAAGACAACACCUUCCUCGCCUCUGAGGUCUUCAUGCAUAACCCUAGAUCCGUUCUCUCCAAGAACUUCGGCCUCCCCCUAUCCUCCUUCAACGACAUUCCCGAAAGCGAACUCUACAUCUUCCCCGGCACGCCCGCCCCCAAAGACAUCUCCGAGCAAAAUGUCACCACAGCAGCCGGCAUCGUCCCCCUAAACAAAUCCUACUCUUACCAUUUCUCUGAACAACCAGCCCACGAAGUGGCUGGCGGUUCCGUGAAAAUAGUCGACCCCGUCACCUUCCCGAUCGCCGACAACUUCGCCGCCGCCGUCGUGACGGUGAAGCCCGGCGGCAUGCGAGAAAUCCACUGGCAUCCGACGAGCGAUGAGUGGACGUUCUUCAUCAAGGGGAAGGCCCGCGCGACAUUGUUCACCGCGCCCUCGACGGCGACCACAUUCGAUUAUCGGGCCGGGGAUGUGGGGUAUUUCCCGCAGUCGAAUAGUCAUUAUAUUGAGAAUACAGGGGAUGAGGAUUUGAUGUUUUUGGAGGUUUUGCAGACAGAUAAGUUUACUGAUGUUUCGCUUGGCCAGUGGAUAGGGUCGACUCCAAAGCAGAUCGUUUCUGAUACGCUGAGCCUGCCUGAGAGUGCUCUGAGUAAGUUGAAGACGGAGAAGCAGUACGUGGUGGCUGGGUCGAAUGAGACAGCUGUUGCGCAGAGAUAA